CUCUCGCAAGACACGAAGAAGCUCGCAGUCAUCUCAAUUCUGGGGAAGUACCCUACUUUGAAAAACCUUUACUAAUCACUAUUCUUUUAGUAAGUACGGUCACUUCGGAGUGACCAUACACCUCUACAAUUUCGUCACAAUUUGUGUUAUCGAAGCCGUCCGUUUUAUGCUCACGAGGCGAAGCCAAGGUUCUGACAGUUUUGAUCUACAACUGGCGUGACCCUCGCGCAGGCCAAGAUAAGAAUGAGAUCCGAUCCGCCCCCAGGGCCGAAUGUGCCCCUAGCAGAAUGUCCCCAAGCACGCGUUCUUACUUUGUCCGGGGCUUACUGAGCGUACUUUACAUAAUGACACCAGAGGGGCCUGACGAUAACUGAGUCCUAGACGUCACUAUCGCGUUCAAGGAAGGUUUGACAGCCCUGCAAAACUCAUGUCAAAGAUUCAAAUUUAUCCCUUGGGCGUUUUGUGGCGUAGGAAUGAAUGGAGGAGUCGAUUUUCAGAUCCCCUUCCUCGUGGCUUCGGCCAUUGGCAUGCACAUCUCGAUGACUUCUCGCUCUCUGCCACCGUCAUCUCAAGAGAAGGUGGUGCCAUCAGUGUCCGAAUCAUUCAUUACCCUGUUUCUACAUCUUCAGGGUCCAGAUUCAUUCAAGAUUAGCGCAUGGGCAGCAUCACUUGUUGAAGUGGCCAACAUCCUAGCCACGCAUAUAGGUCCCUCGCAUAUUCCAGAGGGCGUCUAUGGGGCUAGCGCUGUGCGGUUUUUACGCACACUUCACCCCACGCCAAUCACUCCUAUUUUCCUUGCUGGCAGUCUUUUUGUCAUAGCCGGCGGCGUGCUCAGGCUUUAUUGCAUGCUGACCUUGGGAAAGUUCUGGAGCUUCCCGCUCAGCGUCAGAAAAGAGCACGAAAUCAUAACAAGCGGGCCAUACUCUAUCGUCCGCCAUCCGAGCUACACUGGUUUCCUUCUUCAAUACGUUGGCAUUGUCAUCAUGCACGGGAGCCAAGGCUCGUGGAUGAGGCAGUCUGGAAUUCUACAAGUGCCUUACAUGAAAGUAUUAGCAACGAUUGUCCUCCUCAUGUAUACAGCAAUCGCUUCGGUUGCCAUCGACCGAUCUUUAGUGGAGGACAAGAUUCUUCAGCGUGCUCUGGGAGAGGAUUGGGAGAAUUGGGCUAAGAAGGUGAAAUAUAGUUUACUUCCUGGGAUUUAUUGAUGGCAUACAUGCUGAGUGCGGCUCUGAUCGUAAUUACUUGUUUGAUGGAUUGAUGUUUGAUGAUGUCGAUUGUAUGCUAUAUAUCAUGCAGUGAAACCUGU